AUGUCAGAUGCGCAGAUUCCAUAUGCGACAUCUGAGACCUCCGAGGUGGUGUCGCUGGUCGACUCUCUCGCGGAUUCCCCGUCGAACCAGUCUGUCGUUGACGACAGACAUUUUCAGGGGUUCCCCAACAAUAAUGCUCAGAAUCCAAAAGACCGGACCUUUCUUGAGGACCCUUUCAACGAUAAAGCCAGCCAGGCUUUGUUCGAUGCCAUGGACCAGCUGCAACCGUAUGGAGUGGAUCAGGAGCUGCAUAUCCCGCAGCUUGUAAUCGUUGGAGGUCAGUCAACAGGGAAGUCCUCACUCCUCCAAACGUUGACCGACAUACCAUUUCCCGUGGGUGCCGGCUGCUGCACUCGAUUUCCCACCCGCAUCGUUUCGCGAAGAACACCACCCGGCAGUGGGAACACCGUCAAAAUCACGAUUGAGGCGUGUGAAUGGGAAGACCAUUUUGAAUACCCACAAGAUGACAAAUACAAAUCCUACGCUUACACCAGCGAUCGGCUUACUGUCGCCGAGUUUGAGAUGAUCAUGGAGGAGGUUUCGACAGAAUACAUGGGAAUCAAAUGUGGCAGGGGACCUGGGAAGAAGAAUUUUGCCAAAGAAAUUCUUCGCAUCGACCUCGGAGGUCCAUCUCGGUCCCAUUUUAGCAUCCUUGAUUUACCCGGCAUUUUUACGAACCCUUUCUCCGUCAAUGAUUUUGAGAUGAAUGCCCUCAAGAAAACGAUCGCGGAUUACAUGGAGGAACCUGAAACCAUUGUGAUCUGCGUUGCCGACGCGGUGACAGAUCUUGCCAACCAAGAGAUUUUCAAGAUGGCCGACGAUCUGGUGGAGCAAGACCGAUUUGUCGGUGUUUUUACUAAAUGCGAUUUAUUACAAGAUCCUACCGUGGUGGUGGAGCUCGCCAAUGAGCUCGGUGACUCUAGUCAUGAGCAUACAAGCGAAUUCGACUGUUGGUUCGUGGUAAGAAGUCGCUCAGAUAAGGAUAAUGACAGUUUUGACCUUCAGAGAGCGGAGAACAUGCUCUUUGAUAAGCCGCCGUGGAACGAAGUCAGAGAAGAUCGUCGCGGUUCGGGCAUGCUCAAGAGAUAUCUCAGCAAUCUUCUCUACUCUAGACUUUGCGACAGCGUUCCUGAUAUUCAAGAGUCUAUAUCUGAUGCCCUGUGGGCAGCGAACAAUUUGAGAACCCGUCUUGGAGACGCUAGGUCAAGUCAUCGCCUUCGACAGCUAUAUCUGCGAGAUGCCGUCGAAAAGUUUCAUGCCAUUGCCAAAAAGACAUUGAACAGUCCAGGCCAUCUGUCCGAUAAGGAAACCAUGGUUCGAAGCCUGGUCCGCGAGUCGAGCAACCAUUUCACAGUAGCCAUGCGCGAACAUGGUCACGCUUACGAGUUUGAGGAUGUCGGCACUGAGCCCACAAGAAAGCUAGCCGACGCUAUAUCAUCGUACUACCCCAGCGACGCAGUUGUCACACAUCAUUCCACGGCCUCUAAGAAAUCGACUGGCCAGCAGAAAUCCAAGGACACAAGGCGACUGCCGCCGUUGACCUCAGAGAUCAGACUGCAGCUUAAAGUGUGGCAGACGACUGAGUUGCCUGGGCUUCUCAAUACCGAAGUCGUCAAAGUCCUGUUCAAGGAGCAGACAAGAAAGUGGGAAGACCUCGCUAAAUCACACAUUAGUAGAGUCACCAACACAGUUGAAGUUGCCUGUGAUGUCAUUCUGAACCAGGUAUUCAAAUCAGACGGUAGUUCCAAGAUCCUUCGAUCAGAACUCGAGAUGGUCCUGAGCCAGUUUCGACGAGAAGGGAAGAGCAAGGCUCUAGACGAGCUCAAGGAAUACUGUCGUCGAGAGAGGGAAUUGCAUCUUCAAACGACAGAUCCAAGAUUUACCGAGAACUUGGAAGCUUUGCGCAGUGCUCGACUGCUGAAAACUCUCAAGUCAAUGCCCAAGCAAUCGGGAGACCUGGCAGAUCCCAUGAGCCACGCAGGCGCAUUGUUACAGCACUUCCAUCACUCUGCAGGGGACAACAUGGUCCAAGAGGUGCAUGACAUUGUCAAAUCCUAUUAUCAGAUUUCUCUUGACUCAUUCGUCAGAUAUGUCAACAAUCAUAUUGUCGAAAGUUUCAUUUCUGACACCAAAGGACCUCUACUUGGGCUCUCAACAGACUGGAUGUUUCAGCUGACAGAGGAGAAGGUUGACUCAUUUGCGCGGGAAGAUGAUAAGGUUAUCCAAGAACGCACUAGUCAUGAUCUCAAGAUUGAAAGGCUUCUUGCUGCUACUAAGAUCAUGGAAAAUAUCCGAUCCAUGACCUGUAGCUUGGAAAACAUGGACGAUUAA